AAAAGCGUUCUAACAACCGCCACGAGCAGUCGCGAUCUUCGGUUUCGGUUUAUGGUGCCCAAAUACUUGGAUUCGUCUUAUCGGUUCUACGUGCGCAUCUCACGUAGCAGAUAAGUGAUUUUCGCACAGCUAAGACAUCCUCAGCAUAAUGACAACUGCCGAAUUGCAAGGUUCCUAUGGAGGCCUCUACUUUGGCUUCUGCACACUGAUCUCGCAUGUGCUUCUGGCGGGGAUCACCGUAGCCAUUGUUUACAAGUGUCUGGUGCUCAAAUUGGUGCACACCGCCGGACAUGCCUUCUACUGCACAAUCGGCUUUGUGUUUUUCAUGGGCGAAGCAUUGCUGGUCCGGAAUAGCGCAUAUUUGGAGUCCUCGUUGGGUCCAUUGAACCUCAACCGCCUGCACGCCGUCCUGGGGCUGUUGGCAUUCCUGGUCGGAGCCGGCGGAAUCGGAAUCAAGACAUGGCAGAAGCUGGAGCGCAAACGGGAAGACCCCAAUGCCACCGUUCGUCACUUUAAGAGCAACCAUGCUUUUUACGGUAUAAUCGGUUGUGCUCUUCUUCUGGGUAGCGUUCUGAGCGGUCUUCCGCUGUAUUUCAUCAACAGUGGCUUCGCCUUGAAAAUGCUUCAUCGAUUUUUCGGAUUGUCCGGAUUCCUCGUUCUGAUGGUAUCUCAAAUGUUCGGAUAUAACACGGGAUUCGGUCGGCGACAGUGGAAGGCACACCACCAGAAGCUCUUCAAAUUUUUCACAUUUAUUGCCACCAUUACGACUGCAAAUUACGAACUCCGGAGAUUUGUGCGAGAUGUUGCCGGCUUGGCGACAGACUAUUUUAUUGGAUCAGAUGCAGCAGAAGCUAGAGAAGAUCUUUGAGGCUCUUUCGACAAGCGAGUAGUGUUCACACUGGAAUAUCAAUACUACAGGAAACGAAUCGAAUUCCGAAACACAGUAUUGUGGAUUUGUGUAUCACUCAAGAAAUAAUUCGAGUGCUUUGCGGAUUUGAACUCUGAAAAACCAGAAUCGAUUUAUACCAUACGUAUAAACACAUUAUCUAAGUGGAGGAGGCUUUUGUUGUCUGUCAAUCGUACUCUACUAAACAAAACCAUAUCAGGUAUAAAGCAGGCAUUUUAAAUCAUUUUACUUUGUGCCUUUAUUGCAAUUUCACACAUACAUAUAUAUACGAUAACAUUUUGUUGAUUAUUUAAAACAUAACAUAUAUCUAUUUUCACAUUUAUUUUGGCUACGAGAUAAAUCUAGCACCACAGAAAAACUAAGCUACGUAGUAAACUGAUACGAUAAAGU